CUGAGCUCUCUGAGUGUUUGCUGGAAUAUUCCGGGAAUCGUUUUAAUUUAGACAUGAAGGGACUGGAUCAUUUGCGGGAAACAGUUCCAAUCAAACAGGGACAGCAGAGGCACCCGAGGGACAGGAGGUGAAUAGUUGGAGGUUAUUUUUUAUUUUUGUAUUUUUUGAGGCUACUUUUGGAGACUUUUUGCGCACCGCAUCUGCCGUGAACAUGGCCACGUAGAGCUAAACAGUUUGUCUGUAAAGGGAGUUAGUGUGACUUUAUUUAGAGUUGGACUGUUUUGAACAGUUCUGAAUGACAGACUUGUCCAAGUUAAAUUAUUGACCUGGUGUCGUGGUAUUUUACGCAGAGGUCGUGAUUUUCUGGACGCAUCUCCAGUGGCCUCAUAACAGAUAACGCAGAAAAAGACAUUUUCAACUUUACAUAGACUGGAGCAGAGGAUUAUUUAUAUUUAAGAGCUAUCUAAACCGGAGAUUUAUUCAGGUAUCGCUUGUUAGUGAGUCAAAUGGCAGAUGACUAUGAACAGUCCGGUGCGUCAGAAUUUAUUAAAGACCGGCUAUACUUUGCCACUCUUCGUGUCAAACCAAAGAAUACAGCCAACACGCACUACUUCAACACGGACGAGGAGUUCAUAUAUGAGAGUUUCUAUGCAGACUUUGGGCCCCUCAACCAGGCCAUGCUGUACAGAUACUGCUGCAAACUCAACAAGAAGCUCAAGUCCUUCACCAUGUCCAGGAAGAAACUGGUCCACUACACCAGUCACGACCAGAAAAAGAGAGCCAAUGAUGCCGUUCUCAUCGGUGCCUAUGCUGUGAUCUAUUUGAAAAGAAGCCCAGAAGAAGCCUACAGGACUCUGAUCUCAGGAAACAACGCAGGCUACCUGCCGUUCAGGGAUGCAGGAGUGGGAGAGUGCUCCUUCAACCUCACUGUCCUCGACUGCUUACAAGGAAUACGCAAGGCAUUACAGCAUGGUUUCUUUGACUUUGAGAGUUUCAAUGUUGAGGAAUAUGAACAUUAUGAGCGAGUGGAAAACGGGGAUAUGAACUGGAUCAUUCCAGGGAAAAUUCUGGCAUUCAGCAGCCCUCACUCUCGCAGUAAGAUAGAGAACGGUUACCCUCUCCACGCACCGGAGGCAUACUUUGCAUACUUUCGACAAAAUGACGUCACAGCCGUAGUCCGUUUAAACAGGAAGUUGUAUGACGGCAGGCGGUUUGAGGAUGCAGGAUUUGAGCACCAUGACCUCUUCUUCCUGGAUGGGACCACGCCCUCUGACCUCAUCGUCAGGCGCUUCUUGCACGUGUGUGAGAGCACUGAAGGAGCCGUGGCUGUGCACUGUAAAGCUGGCCUGGGCCGGACAGGCACUCUGAUUGGCUGCUACCUGAUGAAGCACUUCCGGUUCACUGCAGCCGAGGCCAUCGCUUGGAUCAGAAUCUGCCGGCCCGGAUCCAUCAUCGGCCCCCAGCAGAACUUCUUAGAGGAAAAACAGCACAGUUUGUGGGUCCAGGGUGACGUCCAUCGCUCCAAACAGAAGCUGGUUCAGCAGAGACUGAGUCGACGGCAGCAGCUACAGCAGCAGAGUCAACAGCAGCAGAGUCAACAGCAGCAGCUUCACAGGCCCGACUCUGACGGAGGGAGACAGGAAGCCAUGUCCUGCCUGCUCUCCAGCAUGGAUGACCUGUCAAUCAACACCACCCUUUACAAAUCAUACAGCUUGGAUGAGAGUAACUGUAAGGAAGGCGGUCUAACUCAGGGAGACAAACUAAGAGCACUGAAGGGAAAACGACCACCUCGAUCAGCCUCCUCCUCCUCAAGGUUAAACCUGUCCAAGGCCUCUCAUUGCUCCAUUCUCCCACCCCCUAAGCCCACUAAAGUCCCCCUCUCCUUCUCCUCCUCUAAGAAGCUGAUUCGGAGCUCCUCCUCCUCUGGCACGCAGAUCAGGAGCCCCUUCAGCCUCAGUCUGUUCAGCACCAGGCCUGCCAUCAUUCACUGACUUCACAGUCUGAGCUUCUGCUCAGCCGGCUGAUGAUGAAGUCAAAAACUGGACUGCCAACAUGCUGUGGUUGUCUGGGCCUUAAACAUUUUAUCAACCUUGACAAAUUUUUAAUCUGACAAAGUAACUGCACGGCACCUUUUAAUAUAGAGAUUCACCGAUUCAAGAGCUUUGUAGAGUCAACUCCAAAUAAAGAAACAUAUAUUUCUUUACUGAUAUCAAUAUGUGUAAGGGCUACACCAGCUUUGUAAAAGUGUCGCUCAUUGGACACGAUACUGGCACCAAAACUCAUCUCCAUGUCUCCAGUAGAAUAUAAGUUAAAGAAAAACACAGAAUUGUAGAAAAGCAAUGUAAUUUCACAUACAGGUAAUUAACAAUGAACAAAGCUUAAUUAACUAAUGGGUUUAAUAAUGACAGAACUACAUACUAGUAUGCUGAAACAC